AUGGCUGGAUGGAACCUCAAACGGCGCAAGGCGCCGGAGCAGCCUGUCGAGACGGAGAAGACAGAGCCACAGCCAGAACUAGAGCGCGUGCCAAAGAAACCAGAUGUCGCAGAGUCCCCGGUGGACGAGGAGAACCUCCAUCUCAAGGGGGACACCGCCGCCAUCGAACAAGAGACUCAAGAGAACCCCGAAAUCGCUGCAUUGCCACAUACCGUGCGCCAGCUAAUCAACCUGACCGAUGAUCCCACCCUCCCAACCAUCACCUUUCGCUACUUUGUGCUCUCCGCCAUUUUCGUAAUUCCCGGGGCGUUCUUGUCGCAGAUGAGCUAUUUCCGCACCACCAAGGCCCCAUACUCCGUCUUCUUCGUACAGAUCGCCUGUCACUAUGCCGGUCACUUCAUGGCCCGAGUCGUCCCAGCCUGGAAUGUCGGCAUCCCGGGCACGCGAUUCAAAUUCAACCUCAAUCCGGCUCCGUGGAGUAUCAAGGAGCAUGUGUUGGUGACACUGACCGCAGCCUCGGGCGCGACAUAUAACAUGGGAUAUGCUCCAAUCGUGCUGGCUGAGCUCUGGUACGGGACCCGAAUCAAUCCCGGCGUGGCAAUCUUCUUCAUGUUGUCCAUCGUCUGGAUCGGGUACUCCUUUGCUGCACUGGCCCGCCAGAUCUUAUUGCCGGACCCGGAGUACAUCUGGCCGCAAGCUCUCAUGCAGACGACGUUGUUCGAAACCUUCCGCAAGACGGAUAAUUCGUCGCCGGUCGCCCGGCGACAGAUGAAGGUGUUCUUUUUCGCAUUGCUCGGGAUGACCCUAUGGCAGUUUAUCCCAGAAUAUGUCUUCCCGUUUACCUCGUCAUUGGCCUUCCUCUGCUGGGUGGCCCCGCGAAACCCGGUGGCUAACUUCAUCGGCUCGGGGAUCGGUGGCAUGGGCUUCCUCAACCUCUCCCUCGAUUGGUCCAACGUCAAUUGGAAUGGAUCCUCAAUCAUGACCACCCCAUUCUGGACGCAGGUCAUCCUUUUCUUGGCUUUCGCAUUCAAUUGCUGGGUCCUCCUUCCUGCAGCGAAGUGGGGGAACCUGGGUUCCUACAAGCAUGGCCUCAUGUCCAACACCCUUUUUAUGGCGAAUGGCACCGCAUAUCCCACCCUGGAGGUGCUGACUCCGAACUACCACCUCAACACGACCGCAUUCGAACACUAUGGGCCCAUGUACAUGGGUUUGCAGAAUGUGUGGGCGACCUUCUUUGACUACGCCAAACUUCCGGCCGCCGUCACCUGGAUUCUCACUUUUGGGUAUGCUCAGGUGUCGGGAAAUAUCCGACGCAUCUUGGACUCUCGCAAGGCAGAAAAGAACAAGACAGCCAAAAGCAUUCAUCACCAGUACCACGAUCGCCUCAAUGUGAUUCAAAGACAGUAUAAAGAGAUCCCAUGGUGGUGGUAUGCCACCCUAUUCAUGGUGGCCUUUGUGAUCUUGAUCAUUUUCCUCGCCCUCGGACACCUAUUUAUCCCUAUCUGGACCUUGUUUGUAGCGCUUGCUAGCGCUGCUGUUUUGGUCAUUCCAUUCGCCUGGCUCUACGCCAUCUCCAAUUACCAAUUGGAGACCGGAUCCUUCAACGAGUUGAUGUACGGCUACAUGGUCCACACCAAGGCUGGUGAAAAUCACCAGCACCCGUGUGGGCCUUCUGUCUAUGGGUCGAUUGCAGGUGACGCCUGGUACCGUGCUCAGUACAUGCUCCAGGACCAAAAGAUUGGUCACUACAUGCACAUUCCGCCUCGGGCUGUGUUCUUCUCGCAAAUUUUUGGAACCUGCAUGGGAGUUCCCAUCAAUUAUGCUGUCAUGCGCUGGAUCAUGAGCACCAAAGGUGAUUUCCUCACUGGCAAGAAGACCGAUCCCCUGAACCAGUGGACUGGACAAUCGCUGCGAAACUCCAACACCAUGGGCAUUCAAUACGCCGUGCUGGGACCCAAGAAGCUCUUUGCCGAGACCGAAAUGUCUAUCCUUCCCUGGUCCUUCUUGAUCGGAGCCGUGAUUCCCCCUAUUCUCUUUAUUGCCCACCGGUUCUUCCCUCGACUUCGCAUUGAAUUGUGGAACGUGAGCAUCUUCUUUGGUGGACUCGCCAUGUUCUACGGUAACAUCAGUACCGGAUACACCUCUGCCAUCAUCGGUGGUUACAUUGUGAUGUACUGGGCUUACCGGAACCACUUUGAGACGUGGAAGCGAUACAACUACCUUCUCGCUGCAGCCUUUGAUGCUGGAUUCAACCUCUGCAUGCUGCUCAUCUUCUUCUUCUUUGGAGCUGGCAAGCAAGUGAAAAUGCCCGAGUGGUGGGGAAACAACAGCACUUCUGUUGAAAGAUGCUUUGCUCUUGAUAGUUGA